CAACUUUAUAAUAUCUUCCAUUUUCUAAAUCAUAAAACCCUAGCACUCAGCAGCAUCUGUGUGUUGUCGAAGCAGCCGUCAUUUGAUUUGAAGGAACAACGUUAAUCAAAUGUCGCUCGGAGAAGUCGCUUGUACUUACGCUUGUUUAAUCCUCAACGAUGAGGACAUUCCCAUCACCGCAGAAAAAAUUGCUACUUUAGUAAAAGCAGCAAAUGUAACAGUGGAGCCUUACUGGCCUUUGCUGUUUGCUAAACUUGCUGAGAAGAGAAACCUCGGAGAUCUUAUUAUGAAUGUUGGUGCUGGUGGCGGUGGCGCUGCUGUUGCCGUUGCUGCACCAGUUGGCGGAGCUGCUGCUGGUGCUGGUGCUGCUGCAGCCGCUCCAGCUGCUGAGGAAAAGAAGGAAGAGCCUAAGGAAGAAAGUGAUGACGAUAUGGGAUUCAGUCUUUUCGAUUAGGAGCGACUUUCAGUAUGAUUUUAUAGGUUAUAUUUUUCCUGAGAAAAUUUGGCAUAUGUUAGUGAUAGAAUUUUGCUCAGGACCACUCUUGAUAUGUUUGUUAUAAAUGUCAUGUAAUCUUGGUGUGUUAUGAACAUGUUCUGCUAGAGAUUGUUCAGUAAUUUGAGUGCAUUUUUGUCUUUGUAUCCCCAAAUGCAAACUACUAUCUUUAACUAUUUUAACAAUUGGCAUCUUGGAAAA